AUGGCAUCAGCAGCAGUCAAUAGCGACGGUGGUGAUGCCGGCGACGAAGAAGAGGAGAGCGAAACAGGCUUUCGAUGCCGGGCAGUCGCAUCUGAUGUCCCGAAGCUGCUCCAGAAGCUCUACGAGGAUCGACACCUCACUGGAGAGCUCCACUUCGUGCGCGAAGACAAUGGCUCGGAGGUGGAUGUGGCCCACCUGGCUGUCCUUCAACUGCAAAGUCCCGUGUUGAAGGCCAUGCUGCGAUCUGAUAUGCAGGAGGCAAAGACCCACUGUGUCCAGGUCCAGACGGAGUUUGCCGAUGUUUGGCCGAAUAUCAUCCGUUUUUGGUAUGGCCUGCCCGUUCAUGUCUCCAGCUUCGAGACGGCCGUGACAUUGCGAAGGGUGGCUCAGUACUAUGAGUCUGACGAGCUGAAGGCCAUCACAGUGGAUUUGCUCAUGGCGGCCAGGCCAUCUGCGGCUAGAAUGGCGCUGGUGGCCGAGAGCUUGAGCUUUGAGGCUGAGUUUGCAGAUCGGGCAUGGAGCUACCUCGAGGCCCACCCUCGUGAGCUGUUUGCUUCGUCGGCGUGGCCAAGGCUUUCGGAAGCCACGGUUGCCGAGCUGUUGAGGCGUGACGGUGUGCGCUGUAGGGAGCCCGGACUCCUCAGGGCUCUUGCGCGCUGGGCGCGUGCAAGGCGGGACAAUACCCCGGAGACAGGUGCCUCCGGCGAUGGCUCGAGGCCAGGAGUGGUGGUGCUUCCGGAGGCAUUGCUUCAGCUGGUCCGCUUUGAGAACAUGUCGCCAAGCGAGCUUCGAUCGGCUGCGAAGCCGGUGCUACCAGCGGAACGCUACAUAGAACUCCUGGAGGAGGUCAGCGGCGCUACACCAAGUCGUCAGAAGCGUUCGGUUCGAGAGCGUCCCAUGCGACCGUUUCGAUGCAACGUCUGCGGCAUCGAAGUCUUCGUGACAACUGAGUCGGGAGUGCCAGGUGAUGCGGCGGGUGACGGUGGCAUUGUCACUGCAGAUGGCGGGCCGCUGCCAGAGUGCCGUCGAUACCACCCUGGCUUCACGUGGAACGCGCUUGCCUGCGCCGAUCACAAAGGCAAAUGUUCUACGUGCAAGCGCUGCAACAGUGCGCGCUGGACCUGCUGCCAAAUGGCGGAGGGAUCGAUUGGAUGCCGUCGGCGGCCACAUGAGUGGCACGAGGUUGGAGGCGCCCAGAGAUGGUGGGACACAGCCGUCAGCUCGAAGCGACCACGUCUGUCAAAGUGA